CAAUAACAUCCUUUCUCUUCAGUAUUAACGGUAGUAAAUAAUGACCAAGAACAAUUUCCCAUGUUAGCGGUUUUAUUGUUGUUCUUUAGACCUUUAUUAAACACCAUGGAACUGAAGAUAUGAUUAAUUUAACUGCACAGCUUCACAUGCUUACCCCAUGUAGUCUUUAAUUCGCGUUGGAGACAGGACUGAUACACGUUAUACACUAGCUAGCUGCUAACGUUAGCUAACAAUGGCUAACUUUAUGGUUUUUCACACUCAAAUAGCCUCCAUCAUGGAGAUGCUAGCGAAUUCAGCCGUGGCAGAUAUAUGUAAACUCAUAGACGACGACUAUGCGGUUUUUCGUUUGGAAAUAACUCAAAGCCAGAAAGAAAACAGGGCAUUGCAGAGGAAACUACAUAUACUGGAAAUGAAUGUGGCACGGGAGCGCGCAGAGAAGACAACGCAGGAGCGCGUGCUCGCCAGUCGUCCCAGUAGUGUCCUCGACCGAUACAGAGGAAUGGCAAGAGGUGAAGGACAUCUCACUGGAGGCCACAGGACCUUUGCAAAGCCAGCAGGACACAAUACGUGGAGAGAUGACCAACCCAUAACAAUAGAUGAGGGGAGUGGAACCUCAACCCAGCAUGUUGUCGCGAUAGAGUCUGCAGGGGCUGCAGGUCCUGUGGUUCUGCAGGAGAGGCCGGAAGGAGAGGAGGACCCAAGACACAGAAGAGACGUCCAGACUGGAGAGGCUGGAGCGCCCCCUGAAGCCAUGGAGGACCUAAUCUCCGCCGCACCCCUGCCCAGGACCCAGCACAGCAUCACAGAGGAGGAGGAGGGUCCAGAGUUGCUGUUGGUGAAGGAGGAGGGGUGUGAGGAGGGUCUGGGGAAUGCUGAUGGGACCAUGGUCAUGGAGGACAACCAGACUACACCUCCUCCUGAACCCACAGAGGAACCAGCUGAGCAGCACAGGACCACACACAGUCUCACUGAGUCAGUAGACAUGGAGGAUGGGAAGCCUGAUCUGCUGCUGGUCAAAGAGGAGACAAUAGAAGACGGACCAGAGAGCAUUGAUCUGCUGAGUGGACUAAAGAUGGGGGAGCAAGGUGGUUGGCUGGAGGCUAACAGAGGAGAUUGGGCGGCCAUCUUGGAUUCCCAGACCCAGAUGGGUGCAGCCAAGGGCCCAGGGGAUGACAUCACUGAGCAGGGCAGGACAAGAGGCAACAUAGUGGAGCCUGCAGUCCAUGAGGACCGGCUGUUAUCCGGUGUUGCUGGUGGGAGAGACUGGACCUCUGAAGCAGCUGGUCACAAACCCUGGCCCCUGAUCAGGACCCUGGAUCAGGAUGCGUCGCGCUUCCUUCCCAAGUCGGAACCAGGACCGAACCACGAGGGACAGAGACUCCACCACACAGAACACAACCAGUGGACAGGUGGACUCAACAACCUCAGCCCUGGUGGUCAUCAGAGAGACAGAGGCUCCAGUCAGGGAUCCAUACUGAAGCCCGGACCCUUCUCUUCACAGUCUCAGUGCAGAGAUGAAGCAGGGCCUGGGGCUGAUAGAGAUAGACCCUCCUGUUCCUAUGAUACAAACACCAUAGUAUCCGUGAUGAACAGAGCAAGACACCCUGGGCUUCAGCCUUCAUGGAGAGUGGUGGGAGACCCCCCUGGUGGUAGUCUUUCAGGAAGUAUGUCUUCUCUUUCAGAAUCUCAUCUAAUGCCCGGUGAAUGGGUUCAUAGAAGACCCGGACCUGGGUCUAGCCUUCCUCAGUUACCUCCUGGUUACCCCACCAAUACAGACAAGGUCAGGAUGGGCAUUCACCACAAGAGGUACUUAGCCUAUAACACAACACACAAUCCCAACAACACCCAAACAAUGACUAGAGGUCAAGGAGGGAGCUCAAAGACUAACCACCUGAGGGUGGUGGCUCCUGCUUCUACCUCCUCUGACGUCAUUGGGUCACAACAUGGGAAGUCAAGCAUUAGGACGGACUCCGACAAGCCGUAUGCCUGCCCCACGUGUGGGAAGCGCUUCACUGAGGCGACUUAUGUGAAGAGGCACCAGACCGUUCACACCAAGGAGAGGCCCUUCAAGUGCAAACUAUGUUACAAGAGCUUCUCCUUCCUGAGUAACCUUAUUAGACAUCGGAGUAUUCACAACGGGGAGAAAUCGUAGCAGUGGGGCUUGAGAUGUACACAGGGGAUAUCUGGGAACCAUUCUUUAGCUGACAUAUUAUAGUUAUCAUGUGAAGUGAUCUGGGAUAAGAGUUUUUUUUGGUGAUGACUGAAUCCCUCAGUUGAGCAUCUGGGUGUGCUCACAUUCUCAGAUGAUAGACUUGUUGUUUGGUGUGCUGGCAUAGCCAAAAUACUGUCAUUGAAGUGUAACUAUAAUCCCCCUAUGAAUUUCUCUUUGUCUAUGUUCUAUUCAUAACAAACAUAAUGUCCUUCUUUUUAACACCCACUCCCCCAAAACAUUUGACAUAAUCAGGUGGUGCCUGUUCCUUUAUGUACUAUAAAUAGGUGAUCAAAUCUGUUAAUAAAUAAAAAUGUAUGUUGUCCUUUUGAUAUGUUGACUUUUUGUUUGCUUGUUUAUCAUUUACAAUUAAAGUGGUCUUAGUUUCA